GUAAUUGUAGUAAAAAACAUGUAUACUAAAUAUGGAAUAUGACACAAGGCUAAUUAUCAAAAAAGUCAAAAAAUAUCAUGGCCAAUAUAAAAGAAUAGUUGUUUGUGUUUAUUGAAAAAAUUCUUUUUUAACCUGCGAAUGUACAAUUUAUUUUUUUUAAAGUGUCUGUUUUAUAGUAUAUAUCCAUAAAACAAUAUAAAUAAAUACAACCAAAACGGAGCAGUUACAUACAUAUACAUAUGUUUGUAAUUCGUCUACAUGUGUUGUGCGUACAUGUGUAAUGCAAUGAGAAUCAAUGAGAUUGGCAUACGAAUCAAAAUCACAAGAAAUAGCACUGUACUAAGAAACGUAUAUCAAAAAUCUUGUAACUGAAGAAGACAAGGUUGAAAUUAUCUGUUAACUGGCGAUAAUUUGUGAUUGUUGAUUGAUAGAUGAAAAUACUGAGGAUUAAUCAGAAGAAUUGUUCGCUGCCGUACCUAGAUGCCACGUAAAAAAUAAUUAAAGGUGGUAAGCUAAGUGAGACCAUAGUAAACCUGUGGGAAUGGGAGCUUGUUUGUGUAAAGACUGUCCAGAUGGCCAAGAAAACGGAAAUAAUGAAAAUAACGAGAAUACUGCAGUGCCAAGGAUUGAUAUUCAUGCUGCUGGUGAUCCAUCGCCUGAUUUUAAGUUUCCGACGUCUGCUAACAUCGAUAAGUUGGUGCUGGAGACUCUGGGAGUCAUCGGCGGUCUUGUUGACAAUGAGCAAGAACCUCCACCGUCGAUGCUCAAACUCCACGCGAUUGCCGACAAAGAGGAAGGAUGGCUCCAAGUCGCUAGUUCUAUGGUCAAUGUUAUUCCAAUGCAUAGUCCUCUAGGUCCUUCAGUUAUUACUUUACUUCUUGAUGAUUGUCCGUUACCGUCUAAGGAAACUGUCUUGAAGUUGUCUCAUAUGUUUCAAGUUUCUCAAAAGACUGGAAAAGUACAAACGAGCAUAACACAGCAGAGAAAUAUCUGUGUUGUACUUGGUUGUAUUGCUGAAAAAUUGGCAGGACCCAGUAGUAUAGCCUUAUUGUCAAAAGCAACCUUAGACUACCUCGUAUCGAAUCUUAGAGAAGAUGUGGAAUCUUAUGUGGUACUAUACUCAUUAAUAGCUUUGGAAAAAUUCGCUCAGACCAGCGAAAAUAAAGUAACCAUACAGAGAAGACUUAUGGAAGAAAAAGAACACCCUUUAUUAGCUUUAGAAAAAUGGGCCGAUGAGACUCAUUAUGUACGUCGUCAAGCUGGCUUUUCAGCCCAGUGGUGCUUGGAUAAUUUAUUUUUGAUAGAAGGAAGAAAAUAUUCUCAUGAUACUGUCGACUUGACUGGCAUAAAUGUGAUGUUAAACACAAAGGAUGUAAGCGAGUACCUGAAAAUAUCACCAAAUGGUUUAGAAGCACGUUGUGAUGCCUACUCAUUUGAAAGUGUUCGUUGUACUUUUCAAGUUGAUUCUGGAGUUUGGUAUUAUGAAACUCUUAUUAUGACUACCGGAGUUAUGCAAAUUGGAUGGGCGACUAAGAAUAGUAGUUUUUUGAAUCAUGAAGGAUAUGGUAUUGGUGACGAUUCAUAUUCAUUAUCGUGUGAUGGCUGUCGUAGACUGAUUUGGCAUAACGCUCGUAGUGAAAAAUAUCACGACCGACCACCUUGGAAGGCCGGCGAUGUUCUUGGUUGCCUACUCGAUUUAAAUAAAUUAGAAAUAAUAUUUUAUACCAAUGGUGUUCCUUUGAAACCGUGCGUCCAAGUGUUUAAAACAGCUAGGACUGGGUUCUUUGCGGCCGCUAGUUUUAUGUCUUUCCAACAAUGUCUGUUUAACUUCGGCAACGUGCCUUUCAAAUAUCCACCGGCUGACAGGGAGUUUAUGAAGUUCAAUGAUCAUGCGACUUUGAAACCAGAGGAUAAAGUUGUUCUUCCACGACAUAUUUAUCUUAAUCAAUUGAGGAAAUUAAGUGUUAGAGAAGAUUCCUGUACCUUGUGUUAUGAUCAAAAAGCUUCGGUCAGGCUGUUACCCUGCGAGCAUCGAGGAUUUUGUCAAACAUGCCCGAUGCAACUUGUUGAAUGUCCCAUGUGUAGAGCAACCAUCGAAGAAGUCGCUGUUGAAUUGGACAGUGUGUGACACUGACUUUAAAUUUACAACAAUAA